AUGCUUUCUGAGUAUGGUUGGUUUGGGGCUGUGAAGACUCGCAAUUACGACAAAGUCAUCGAGAAUGUCAAAGAGUAUCAUAGAUCUGUCGACGAGGACGGAAACACCGCCCUGAUGAUCGCGUUACAGAGGAAUGACCAGUACAUGAUGGAAAUCCUGGCUCCCCACGAGUACGGGAUCUCAAACCCAGAGGGAAUGACCGCACUUGUGCAAGCAAUACGCAUGCGCAAUAAUGAUGCUGUCCGCAUUCUGGCUAGGUACGAGUCGCGUUUCAAGACUGCCGACGGGAUGGCGCCGAUUCACUUGGCCGUUCAGAUGGAAGACAGUUCGCUGAUCUCAAUCCUUCUACCUUAUAGUGCUGCCGAGCUUAAUCUGUACAACCAGAAUGCUCUUGAGUAUGCUGCUGCUAACGGGAGGGCCAACGCAGCUUUUUGUCUGCUGAGCGAUCCCAACAUCUAUGGCCCUGACGACGUCAAGUCCGCAGCCUUGACAGCAAAUAAUAGCGGAUACCCCGACAUGGCCAGGAAGCUCUAUAAUUGGUUAAACUCAUACAAUUGUGCAAUGUCCAUCAGUGGAAAGUCUACCACUAAUGCCAGCAGUUGUUUGUCAAACUCACUGCAGCCUAGCAUGGCCAGCACUGGAAGGACCGGCCUCGAGCAGUCUAUACAUGAUGUGCCGCGCAGCCUCACAGCUUCGUCGCGCCAUAUGUACACGUCAGCGACGAAUGCUUCUACGGCACGACCCCUUUCUGGCAUGGUUUCAUCGUAUGGGAGCUUUUCGGAGAAGGCUGCUCCUCACAACGAUAACUUGAAGCUGACCCCCACCUAUUCCGUGGGGAACCUCCGUCCGUCGUCCACCUCUCGAUCACCUAGCUCUGCGAUGACAUCCUCUGCUCGUAAUACUAAGUACGCCAAGCCAGCCACUGAAAAUGCAUUUGAGUACCUGCAGUUUAAAAAGACCUUAGCUGAGGCAGAAACGCGCCCUGGGUCGCCAACUGGUUCUCGCUCUGCUUCGAGGACGUCGUCUCGUUCCAAUUCGCGCACCUUGGGGCGCACGUCUAGCCGGAAUCUGCGUCGCGGUACCGGUACUGUUCCAACCUCGUUUUCGACGGGAGUUAUCUCGAUGAGCAUGGGAGGCACUGGAGUGGGAUUGCGAGGGUCUAGCCGUAAUCGCUCGAAUACACCCAGUGGCCACUACUCUGUGAGAGGGCCGAACGCACUUCUGCACGAAAAGGAUCCGAACUUCUGCAGUAUCUUUGACUCCCGCACUUUGGUAGACCGCUCUCCGUCCAUGACCUUUGGAGCCACUCUUGGUGUCCCUCCCGAUCACAAUUACAAUUACGUUGAGCAUCUACCUGAUAAGCCGCAGACGCAUGCUCUGUAUGGUCCAAUUGUUGGGUACGACCCUGAGACGGUUAACUACACCAUAGCUGGAGAUGUUGUUCCCAGACAGCUGAUUACGGACCCCAUUAUAAAUCAGUACUCGAGACAAGAUCUGACCGACUUGAUGGUGGCAGCAAAGCUGGGAAGAAUACAACUAGUUAGGGAACGGGCCGUUGAACAAUUCCUCAAAAGAUCCAAGACAGGGCGUACAGCUCUUAUUUACGCUGCUCAGCGCAACUUCACAGAUAUCGUCAGGAUACUUAUACAGUACGAGGCCGGAGCAUCCGAUAGCUUUGGAUACACAGCGUUGAUGUAUGCUGCCUCCUUUGGACAUCUGGAAAUGAUGGAGAUACUUAUGUCUGCCGAGGCUGGGCAUCGCCGCCAGUCAGACGGGGCGACCGCCCUGAUGGCAGCUGCGGCCAAUGGGCAUCUACAGUGCGUCCACAAGCUCGUUCCUCUUGAAGGCUGCAUUCACUCCCGCAAUGGAACGACCGCGCUGAUGCUGGCCAUUAAGUACAACCACAAGGAGUGCGCGUACUUCCUUAUGAAGCACGAGCUGAAAGGGUAUGAUGACAGCAUCAGUGCAGUUGAGCAAUUCUGUACAGAGUGUGGCAGAGAAGAGUACAUCACCGACCUCCGUGCACACCUGAGGAUCCACUAG